AUGGAUCAUGCCACUCAUGUUCCGUGUGGUCCUUGUGCGUUUAAGAAUGUUAGACGAAAAUCUGUCGUAUGGUGCCCCUCAUGUGGCGAAGGACUAUGUGAGAGCUGUUUACACCACCACAAGGCUUCUGCUGCUUCCAGAAAACACAAAGUUGUCGUGAAAGAUUUACAACGAGUACCGUCUGUUUUGUUUUCUAUGAGACAAACUUGUUCUGAUCAUGGUCUCACCUUUGACAUGUACUGUGAUAUUCAUGAAAUUCCUCUUUGCAGUAAAUGCAUUGCAGAUCAUAAAAAGUGCUUACGGAUGUUACCUAUUUCGUAUGUGUCAAGAAAUUCGAAGUUUUCAACAAAGCUUUGGGAUAUUGAACAUGGCAUAGCGCACGUGUUGGGGAACAUAGAAGAAAUUAUCAGAAAGAAGGAAGAUAACCUGGAGUCUAUCGGAGAAGAAAAGUCAAACAUUGAAACUGAAAUUACAAAACUUCGAGAAAAAAUUAAUGGCUAUCUUGACAAUCUUCAGGAUAAAGUUUUGAAUGACAUCUCUGUAAUUUAUUCAAGAUGUUCCAUGGAUACUGAAAACUUUUUAAGUAAAAUUGAAUCAAGAAAACGGAAUAUUGAAUCUAUUGCUCAAAAUAUCACAUGUAUACGUGAAUAUGCCUCCGACUUACAAACAUUUUUACUCACGCAAAAGUUGGAGUUAGAUUUUGCAAAAGAACAGGAAAGUUUUGUAUCUGAUUUAUCAGAUGCCGAUUUAGAAGAAAUUGAUAUCCACGUAUCUUUCAAUUCUAAUAUAUUUUCUACUCUUACUGCCAUAACCAGCUUAGCUGAUAUAGAUGUUAUAAGGUACCAGUCUACCAUGUCAAAGUUGAAAAAAGACAUCCAGGAUGAGUGUACCGAUGCCAAUAGGAGUCCUCUGGCCAACAUCCGGUUACUGUCUAGAACACCUAUUGUAACACCACGUGAUCCACAGCUGAAAUUUCUAAGAAACUGCGUGAUCCUCGAGAACAAAGAAAUACUUUUUACGGACGAUUCGGAAAACAGAAGAUUGGUUUGGUUCAAUGCGGAUGGUUCUCAUAAAAGAAAUAUAGAAAUGAGAUCGGAACCAUAUGAUUUAGUCAACCACGAAAGUAAUAAGGUAGCAGUAACAGUACCAAGAGAGAAAGCCAUUUUUAUGUUUGACUUAUCUAAGAAUAAAAUGGCUGGAAAAAUCGUUACAAAAAACUUUUGUUAUGGGCUUUGCUUUUGUGACAACAAAUUUGUGGUUUCAGUUUUAGACCAAGGAAUUCAAACCCUUGAUGUCUAUGGAAAAAUUCUACAAACGGUGCCGAUGAAUGUAGAAAAAAUCUGCAACAUUCAUACCAGCCAGGACAAACUUUAUUAUUCUGAGUAUGAUUCCAGUACGGUCACGUGUUCUGAUCUAUACGGUAAUUGUAUCUGGAAGUUUCGCCAUAAAGAUUUCACUGGUCCAUUAUCCAUUUGCACUGACAUUUGUGGUAAUGUAUAUUCUGUUGGAUAUGACACAGACAAUUUAAUUGCCAUAUCACCAGACGGUAAAAACUGCGUCUUCCUUCUCCAAGAAAAAGACAAAUUAUUUGGACCAACUGGACUAUAUUUUCAUAAGAAAACUAAACAAUUAAUAGUGUGUAGCAGAUUUGACGGACUGGCUAAUAUGUAUGAUUUAGUCACAUAG